AUAUCUUUUUAUUUUUCCGCAAACCAAACGUGUCUUAAAUCCCCGCCCUCCUCGCGCCAUUCCCUCCCGCGUCCCAUCCCCGCUUUCUUCGUUCUCCCUUCGUCUCUCCGCGCUCUCCGAAUCCAGCGAGAGGAGGGGAGGGAGAGAGGGCGGCGCUGGUAGAAGAUGAUCCUGGGGAAGCGGCCGCGGCCGCGGCCGCGGCCGCCGAUGCGUCGGACGACGAGUGUGAUGGAGUUCUCGGCGGCGGACCUCGCGGCCGCGGCGGAGGCGUCGGACGACGAGGGGGCGCACCGCAGCCACGAGCGCCGGAGGGAGGCGGAACCAAGGACCGUCCAGCGGCGGAGCUUCAGCGACUUCGAGUUGGCCGGGACGGCCCAGUUCCUCAGGGUCUGUGACCUCUGCAAGCGCCGCGUCGGCCCUGGCCUCGAUACCUUCAUCUAUAGGGGUGAAAUUGCAUUCUGCAGCCUGGAGCGCAGGCAGCACCAAAUGAACCUAGAUGAUCAGAAAGAGAAGUGCUCGGUGACAUCUCUGAAGACUGAUGCUUCUCCAGCAACUGCAGGAUCUGAAGCAUCCAGCCAUGGUGGAACAGUUGCCGCUGCUUAAAACCAGUGCCAUUCCACUAUAGAAUCUUUGCACUGUAGUUUAUUUUGCCUAUACCAUAAGCAAAAAACUUUUUUUUUUUUAUCUUUUUCUGUUGGGGGGCAGAAACAUAUGCACAGACUGAUACCUCUGCUUCCCCACGCAAUAUAUGAAGUAGAUGGAAGAUCUUUAAACCAGCCUGCUUUUUUUGUGUCUCAUUGUUGAUAAUGAUAAAUAGAAGUGGUCUUCUGACGAA